AAUCACGUGCUAUUGUUUAUUUUAAAAUAUAUAUAUAAUGCGGACUAAUUUAUAAUACGCCAUUUUAUAAUUUUUUUGUUUCUCUCUUCUCGAACAUUAUUAGAAUAACUCUGUACAAAAUCAAAACUUUUAGAAAAGAAUAAAAAAUAUGCAAAUCUUUGUCAAAACAUUAACUGGUAAAACAAUAACCUUGGAAGUUGAACCAAGUGACACAAUUGAAAAUAUUAAAGCAAAAAUUCAGGACAAAGAAGGAAUACCUCCUGAUCAACAACGAUUAAUAUUUGCGGGAAAACAAUUAGAAGAUGGUAGAACAUUGUCUGAUUAUAACAUUCAAAAGGAAUCUACCCUACAUUUAGUCCUAAGAUUGAGAGGAGGCAUGCAAAUAUUUGUUAAAACUCUAACUGGUAAAACCAUAACCCUAGAGGUUGAACCUAGUGACACUAUUGAAAAUAUUAAAGCUAAAAUUCAAGAUAAAGAAGGAAUACCACCUGACCAACAAAGAUUAAUUUUUGCAGGAAAACAGUUGGAAGAUGGAAGAACUUUAUCUGAUUACAACAUUCAGAAAGAAUCCACUUUACACUUAGUACUCAGAUUACGAGGAGGAAUGCAAAUUUUUGUUAAAACUCUAACUGGCAAAACUAUUACCUUGGAAGUUGAGCCAAGUGAUACCAUAGAAAAUAUCAAAGCUAAGAUUCAAGAUAAAGAAGGAAUUCCUCCAGAUCAGCAAAGAUUGAUUUUUGCAGGAAAACAAUUGGAAGAUGGCAGAACUCUGUCUGACUAUAAUAUUCAAAAAGAGUCCACCCUCCAUUUAGUUCUAAGGUUGAGAGGAGGUAUGCAAAUUUUUGUGAAAACUCUGACUGGUAAAACAAUCACCUUAGAGGUAGAACCAAGUGACACAAUAGAAAAUAUUAAAGCUAAGAUACAAGAUAAAGAAGGAAUACCUCCUGAUCAACAAAGGUUGAUCUUUGCCGGUAAACAAUUAGAAGAUGGAAGGACUUUAUCAGAUUACAAUAUACAGAAAGAAUCCACUUUACAUUUGGUUCUUAGAUUGAGAGGAGGAAUGCAAAUUUUUGUUAAAACUUUGACUGGUAAAACAAUUACUUUAGAAGUGGAACCUAGUGACACUAUUGAAAAUAUUAAAGCUAAAAUUCAAGAUAAAGAAGGAAUACCACCUGACCAACAAAGAUUAAUUUUUGCGGGAAAACAGUUGGAAGAUGGAAGAACUUUAUCUGAUUACAACAUUCAGAAAGAAUCCACUUUACACUUAGUACUCAGAUUACGAGGAGGAAUGCAAAUUUUUGUUAAAACCCUUACUGGCAAAACUAUAACCCUGGAAGUUGAACCAAGUGAUACUAUAGAAAAUAUUAAAGCUAAGAUCCAAGACAAAGAAGGAAUUCCUCCAGAUCAACAAAGAUUGAUCUUUGCCGGUAAACAAUUAGAAGAUGGAAGGACCUUAUCAGAUUACAAUAUACAAAAAGAAUCCACUUUACAUUUGGUUCUCAGAUUGAGAGGAGGCUAAUAAUAACAAAUGGCAUUUAAAUUUAAUAUUUUAUUUAUAAUUACAAUAUUACACUUAUAAAUGCUUAAUAUAUUGUUUUUAAUUAUAUUUUGGGAAUAAUAAUGCCUUUUUAAUAUUUAAACAAUAAUUUUAUCUCUGAAAUAAAGCAUAUUUUGAAAU